CUCAUAUAAUAAAUACCCUAAUAAUAGUAUAAGUAGAGCCCAAGAGAGAAUCUUUUGAAAAUUGGGGGCAAAUUUGGUACCUUACUAAAAGCAACCUCAUUAUCCUUUUCCUAAUCCAAGCACUGUGAAACUCAAUCGGUUGGCACUAUAAAUUCAAUGCUCCCAUUAACCUCUGUUACACAGCACCAUCAAAACCAGCAAGAAGAAAAAAUAAAUAAAGCAAGAGAUAAAAUUUUGCAUAUCUAGACGGGAUGAGGCCUGCAAGCAACUCCACAACAGCAGCUACUGGAGCCGAAUUCCGGCACUGGAACUCUCCCAUUCCAUACCUCUUUGGUGGAAUAGCAGCGAUGCUAGGACUCAUUGCUAUGGCAUUAGUUAUUCUAGCUUGUUCAUAUAAAAAAGCUCCAUCCAGUUCCCAUGGUGAAGCUGAAGAAAAGCCUGCCAAGCAACAAGUGACCAAGCAACUAGAAAUGGAGCCAAAGAUUGUUGUGAUCAUGGCUGGUGAUCAAAAUCCUACGUACCUGGCCAACCCUGUCUCUUCAACUCACCAGAAUGAACAAUUUUGAGAGCUUUUGAUCAUGUUUCAAUCUUUCUUUACGGUAAAUCUUUUAUCUUUCAAUCUUUCUUUUCAUUUUUUUUUCAUAUAUAUUUUUUGUUUUCCUUUUUCUAAGUCCAGGUAAUUGUAGUUUUGCGGGAAUAUGUAAAUGUUGAUGAGUAUAUAAAAGAUGUUAAUUUGUUGUGGGAGUUUUACAAA